AUGAAAGACGAUAUUUCAAGUGAAACAUUUAAAUAUGACUGGAACUUAGGAGUAAUUAAAAUUACAAAACAUGCUCGUGUUAUUGUUACGAUAAUUUUAUGGAUUAUUACAGCAAUAUUAUCAUUAACAACUUUAAUAUUGUUAUUUACUAUUAAUAAUAAAUGGAUUAUUUUCUCUUUGUAUAUUUGUUCAUUACCUCCAUCAUUUCUUUCUUAUUUUUUUGUGUAUGGAUUUAAUAAAAAAUGUUGUUGUAUUACUCCACAUGUAACUUUUGCUAUUAUAUUCCAUGGGAUUUGUAUUGGGUCUGUUAUUGUUACAUUAAUUCAAGUUGGUGUAAAAGAACCAACUGCAGUGGUAAUUAUUAUUCAGUCAAUGUAUAUCUUUACUCAAUUAAUACAUUUACCAUUUAUCAAACCUUAUGUAGACCAAUUUCUCUCAUAA